CCUGACCCGGAAAGAGUAUCAAAAUACAGAGAAUCCCAACCAAUCCAUCUAAAUCGGGAAACAUCUGCAGCUGUUUAUCAUAUGCAAGUUUGCUUACAGCUUGAACAUUGCACAAUUUCGACUCUUCUUUCCAGAUUUUUAGCAAAAUGGGACUCAAAGUGUUUAUUACAAACAUUUCUAGCAGUACUGAUAUCAAGAAAAAACAGAGAGAAUUGCUGCAGACCUUAGAAAGUUUAAAAAUAGAAUUUGAAGCUAUAGACAUAUCAGAUCCAACUAAGGAGGAAGAAAAAAAGUUCAUGAGGGCUAACAGUAAACCCGCUCAAGAGGGCAAGGUGCCCCUCCCACCUCAGGUGUUCAACAAUGAUGAUUACUGUGGGGAUUUUGAUGCUUUUUCGGAGGCCUUAGAAGAUAAUCAGUUAUAUGAAUUCCUAAAACUUGCACCACCAAAGGAAGUCUCUCAAGCAUCCGUUACAGUGACAGGGGAGGAAGAAGAAAAGAAAGACGAGGAUGAAAGAGAGAAGGAGGACGAGGAAAAAGCUGUUUUGAUUGAGGAUGUUGCUGCUGAAGAUGCAAAGAAAAAUGAGGAGGAAGAAGCAGAAACAGGAGAGAAAGCCGAUCAAGAGACAAGUGAAAAAGAGGCUGCACCAUCAGAGGAGAAAGUGGAAGGUGAAAGGUCAGAGGGUGAAUCAAAAGAGGAGGGGUCACCAACAGAGGGUGCUGAUGAAAAGGCAGGGGAAGAUGUGAAGGAGGAAAAUGAGGAAGCAAGGAAAGAAGAGGAGGAGAAACCUUUGGACAAAGAUGCUGAGGAAUCCAAGGAUAGAGAGGCUGAAAAUACUGGGGCUGAUGAAUUGGACCAGUCUGCUACAGAGGCACCACCAUCUGAAGAAAAAUCAGAUGUCAAGUCUGAAGAAACGGACCAGGCUGCUGAGGAAACUGUUGUUGUGGAAACUGAUGAUGGCAAGGAAACAUAUGCAGAGGCUGUUCUUGUUGUGGAUGAUGUCGAAACCAAGGAGGUAGACAAAGAGGAGACUGCUGAGUCAAAGCUACAAGAUGCAGCAUCCUCUGAACAUGUUGAAGAGACCUCUAUAGAAAAGAAAUCUGAUGAAACUGGAGCACUUGAAAUAAGAGAAGAUAAUGAAAAAGAGGAGGAACCAGGCUCUCAACCUGAUGAUGUCAAAGAAACCACAGAGGAUAAACCUGGAAAGGAAGAGGAACCAGCUAAAGAGGAACCAGAACUUCUCAAGGAAGAGGAACCAGUCAAGGAGGAGGAACCAGUCAAAGAGCCAGAACCUCUCAAGGAAGAGGAACCAGCCAAGGAGGAGCAAGAACCAGUCAAGGAAGAGGAACCCCCCAAAGAAGAAGUGAAAGAGGAAGUGAAAACUGAGGAGAAGGAGGAAGAAAUAGAUUUUUGGGCACAGAUUGGUAAAGAUGAUGAUGAUAUUGGUAAGAAGAAGAAGCCAGCAGUAGUGGAGGAGCCAAAGGAACCAAGCCCAGUGCCAGAAACAAAGACAGCUCAGGAGGAAGAUGAGGAUGAUGACUCGAUGGAGGCCAGAAGGAGGAGGAGGAGGAAAGAAAGAGAGGCAAAGGAAGCAGCUGAUGCAACAACAGAAUCAGCAGAGGACAGUCUGGAGGAACGGCGCCGCAGACGCCGGGAGGAGAGGAAGGCCAGGGAAGAUGCAGAUUCCACAGAGGUGGAGAGUGCUGCAGAGAGAAGGAGAAGACGUAGGCGUGAAAUGGCUGAUGAUUAGGGAAAAUCCGAGGAUGAAUAAAGAAACCUUAGUCUUUCCCAGGUGCUAUUUAACAAUAGGAAUGCUGCCUAUCUCUUUCUUAAUCAUAUCCAAACACCUCCAAGCGCAAUGAUCUACCAGUGGCAAUUUUUAGUGAGAUUAUUUCUUCAGAACUGGGAUGACCACAGAGAAUUUUUCAUUACUUGUGAUAACAUACAUUCUAUUGCUCUCUUAUUUCCCUCAAUUUUUCGAUGUGCAAUGUUGCAAUGUGACUUUUCGGAGGGAACUCUAUUAUGUAUUAUUCAGAGAUACAAUGAACAAAUAUUCUUUUAGUUUUAGAUAUUUAAGAAUUAUGAUGCUGUUAUUGUGCGUUGCUAGAGUCUUUGGUUAAGGUUUGUGAAUCAUUGUCCUUGUAGCAUUUUUGUAAUUGGCUUUUGUGCAACUGUUGUGUGACCCCCAGCUCUCACCCCACCCCCAUCCAAAAAAAAAAAAAAAUACUGCAUAUGUCAAAUUUGAAAACAUAACAUCAGAGUGAAAAUGCGUUUCUCAAAUAUUUUUGGUUAGUGUACAUUGUGUCAUGAAAGUAAAAUGAAGUAAAUUGAAAAAGUACUUAAUUUUUUUUUCAUUAUUAUGAAUAUUAUAUUACUGAUGCUCAAUUUAUCUGUCUGAGUUCCAGAAGUUUAAAAUUAUAGAAUCUCUUGUCAGUGUUGGAAAAAGAAAUGUAGAUUUUUAGUGCUUAGUGUAGGAAGUUUCUUUUUUUAUAAAGUUUUAUUAUUUUAUAUAUAUAUUAAUACUUGUUUAUAUAUGUAUAGUUCCUUUAUUGGCUCAUUUAGCAUUAAAUAGCAGUCCCACCUUAUUCAUUGUGUCUCUUGCUUUAGAAAGUCUCAAGAAUACUUUUGAAUUAAUUUUAUUUGCAUUAUCUGAGAGAAAAGUAUUAUCUAAUAAUAAGUUUUCAAGUAUGGAUUUAUGCUUCUUUACUCUUUUUGCUUUUGAUUUCCAUUAUAUAAAAGAAUCUGUCAUAAGAAAAGCAUUUGAAAAAUUAUUAAAGACCAAAACUCGGGAACUUUUUAUCCAUCAUUAUUCUACGCAUGUUUGUGCUGAAAAGUUGAAUAUUAUCUUGUUUAAUGUAUUGUCUUUACUAACUUGUUUAACGAUAAAUUGUGUUCAUAUUUCAAGCAAGCUGUGCCUGUCAAUAGUGGCAGAAACAAUGGAAUUGUAAUGUUUACAUCUUACAGAGUAAUUUUAAUUUGUUUGCCAGUGCCAUGUGAGACACCAGCUUUUAGUCAGCUUUAACAGGGAAUUGUGGGUAGCGUUUAUUUAAGUUUUGUUACAUGACAUGUCUUAGUUUGUUUGUUACAAUUUUUCCUUGUCUUUCACACAACAAAUUUCAAUGUAUUAAAAGUUCAGAGUUUUGACACAACAUCGUGUUUACCAGUGCUGAUUUUUCUGUAGAACUUUGAAAAUUUUUAUUAUUUACUGUAUAUGCUUUAUUAACAUGUACUCUUAUCUUGCCAUGAUUUAACUUUAAUUUGCUUUUGAUGUGUCAGGUAACUUGGUAAUUAAUGAAUUAUGCUUGUCAAUCUGAAAGAAAUCAUCCCCCUGUUAAAUUGAUUUAAUAGUAUAUGUAUCUGUUGACUUUUGUGAAUGGUUUGUUCAAAAGGAUUUGUCAGUAUGUAAAAAAAAUUUGCAUUGAAGUAUUUUGUCAGAACUUAUUUCUGUAUUUCCUGUUUGUAACAUUAAAAUUAGUACUAAGUACCAA